CCUGUCGCGUCAGAUUCUGGUGCCAUCGUCCAAGCACUGCAUUUCUUUCGUCGGAACUGGACCUCCAUGGUCAACUAUCGUCUGUUUUGACGCAUUCAACGGAAAGGCUCGACCUCCACACGCACAGUGCGCUUCAGACGAUCGUACCAACCCUGUAUACAACACGUACAACUGUGCAACAGUUCAGGUAGAGGCUUCGGGCGUGGUUAUGGUGAACAUUGUCAUCGUCAACCAAUCAAGGCCUGACUGUGGAGGCCAAUCAGGGCAAAACCAGGCAGUGGCGUUGCGCACAACGGGAGACAAGGUUCAGCUCCAUGGGUGCUGGAUACGAGGCUGGCAAGCGACCCUUUACACCCAUCAAGGGCGGCAGUAUUUCUCCAGGACUGUUAUCGAAGGAAGCGUGGAUAUCAUUUUUGGAGGGCCAAAUGUGAAUGCGUUUUUCCAUAAGUGUUCAAUCCUAUCGAAGGGUCGAGGCACAUUUACAACACACUAUCGUGAUCUGACCACUUCCCCUCACGAUGCUGGUGCUUUUGUAUUUCAGUGUUGCGCUUUCACCGGUGAGCACAUCAAGCACAAAUGGCCCUUGUUACCUCGGCCGUCCCUGGCGUCAGGAUGCACGAGUCAUCCUAGCACACUGCUAUAUUGGUCAGUGUGUGCCACAGCGUGGCUGGGACCGUUGGGAUGGUUCCACUGACAUUAGCAGACCAACGUUUUGGGAGUUCGAUUGCGUGGGGCCUGGUUCAAUCAAGGCCCAUUCCUCCAUCAACCAAACGUCAGGCCAAGAUAGACCAGUGAUGAUGACGAGCCCCUCCGCAAAGUCACCGCGAUUCAUUGGCCGAGAGCCAGCGCCAGCUGAAGUUGCCCCAUUUCUAGACUUGCCAUCUUUCUUUGCACUGAGCCGAACGGAUUGUUCAGGGAGUGCCUUUCCUGGGCCAGCCCCGCCCUGCUCUGCCAAUGAAGACGGCCCACUCGGAACUCCUCUACCUCCUCUCCAAGAGGCUUCACCACCUUCUCAAGGCACUAGUCCGUCCCCUGCUGCUCCCACAAGGCUAUUCCUUGUGGUUCCAGCAGCGGCAGAGGAUGGGAACUCAGCCCGUUACUGUACCCAUGGUACAGUGAAACGGUUCAGAGGAGUGCAGGAGGCGAUUGAUGCAGUGGAGCCUGGAGGGAAGCACACAACCGUGAUUGCAGUCUUUCCAGGCACCUACUUUGAGCAGGUGCGAAUCCCCUCCAAUAAGACGCGCAUACUGCUGCGGCCUGCAUCCGUCGAAGAAGGGAGCACCGGUGUUGGGGAGGUCCGGAUAGUCUUUAAUGCACAUACUGGAAAAGCUAAGCACGACAGCAGCAGCAGCAGUGGCAGUGCUGGCGGAAAAAUUGCAGGAGGAGAAACCUGCAGUGGCACUAUCGCCACCACAGCCAGUGCUGCAGCGAGCUACACGACCUACACUUCUGCCACCUUUGCGGUUGAGGCGGACCAUUUCACGGCAGAGGGAAUAGUGUUUGAGAACACAGCAGGGCCUCGUUGCGGGGGGGGCUCAGGGCAGCACCAGGCAGUGGCCGUGCGGGUGACGGCAGAGAGAUCCGCGUUCCACAGGUGCUGCUUCCUGGGGUGGCAGGACACUUUGUAUCUGCAUCGGGGGAGCACCUGGUUCAAGGAUUGUCGAGUGGAGGGGUCCGUGGAUUUUAUCUUUGGAGGGCCCAAGGCACGGGGUUACUGGAAGGGAUGUGAGGUGGUGGUGAGGGGCAAAGGGUGGGUGACAGCUCACCGCAGGGACCUCGCCCAGUGGCCUGACGACACCGAUGGUGCCUUCGUCUUUGAUGCAUGCUCCAUCCAAGCAUCAGAUCCCUCAGUGCCUCCCAGCUGUGCCCUGCUGGGGCGGCCAUGGGGUCCAGAUGCUCGUGUGCUGCUGCAUGGGUGUAGCAUUGGAGCCGUGGUCAAGGCGGAGGGGUGGGGCGCAUGGAACUCAGCCACUGAUGUUUCCCGCCCUCGAUUCCUUGAGUGGGAGUGCACUGGACCCGGUGCUUCUUUGGCUCAUAGGGUCAUAGGACGGCAGGCCACCCUACAGGAGGUGAAUCAGCUGGUACCUGAGAGUACUUUCUUCUAUGACUUGCCAGGUUUCCCUGCCCUUACACCUUGAGAGCCAUCUACAGCUGCUCUGCACUUGUUUUGUUUUGCUCAUGCAUGAUGGAUGGCAGAGCUUGUGAUUACAUUUGGG